AUGGAAGACCCCGCUAAAGAACUCCCCGAGGUCGUCAUGCUCUUCACGAUGGCAUCGACGCCCGAAGUGCAGCAGGCUGCCAUCAACAAGUAUUUUUCCAAGGACGCGUCUUUCAACCACCCCCUGUGCAAGAUCGAGCACGGGACGGAGAGCAGGGAGGGCAUCCUUGCCGUAUACCAGUGGUACAGGAUACUCAGUCCGAAGAUCAGCGUUCACGUCGAUAACUGCCACUGGGAUCCGAAGAGUGGGAAGGCGUUCGUUGCGGUGACGCAGACAUUCCAUCUCUGGUUCUCACCUUGGCCGGGAAAGCCCGCUAAACUCCUCGUCCGGCUCACGCUUCAAGACCAGAAUGGAAAGUACUACAUCGUCCGGCAAGAAGACUUCUAUGAACCCGAGGAGCUUGGAUACAUCGUAUUCCCUCCCCUUGGGUACGUGAUCGAGCUGGGGAAGUACGCGGGUGCUGCUGCUAGUAUAUUGGGAGUGUGGGGGGUACAGACUGCCAGUGCGUUCGGGUGGUGGAAGCCCGAGGAACAUGAGUGCACGGAAUGA